AUGUCGAGUUUCACGCCAAACCAUGCCCUCCUGAACCCAAAAUUCGAGGGUUACAAACUGGAAGUAAUCCCACAAGAAGACACUGUGACACGUUUCGGGCUUGAAUAUAGACCCACACAAAUGGCUAAUUCUGGUCGAUCUCCACUGUCUUUCAAGGAGGUCCAGAGCAGGAUCACGCAUAACCACCUGGCCAUGGCAAACGACAGUGGCAGGUGUCUAUACAUUGACUCGGAGCAUCGCGUUAUCCUUGUCGACCUAACGAAUGACAGUCACACACCAUCAUUCACUGUCGUUUAUGCACUUCCAACUCCAAUCAGCGCUCCCGCAGCUGUGCAGAUCCAUCGCGAAUACCCAUCAGCAGUGUUUCUUGACGCACAGACCGCAUUCAUCGCCGACGGUCAAGGGGCACUUUACAUCCUCGGACUUCCUGCAGAAGGAGCUGCUACUACCCUGGGCUGCUUUGAGCUUUCUGAUCACACGCAAACUCCUCAUUUGGCUCCGACUCCAUUCCGCAUCCACUCUCUCGCCAAGUCAUCUGAUAAUGUAGCUAUAGCGCUUCUGUCUUCUCGCUUCUAUGGAGACCCUGAAGCUGCUCCAACGCAAUCAGUAACAAGUCACACGUCUGAAUUUGACGUCUGGGCUGCGAGAUUCUCGCUGCCUUUUCCAAGCCAGAACGGCGAUCUCGCCCCCAUUGACAUUCUUUGGAGGAGGCGGGGGCAGGAUGUACCCAUAUUCAUGGAUUAUGAUAACUCUCGAAAUUGCUAUCUUCUGGCUGGUAGCUCCGGCUAUCGUGAGCUCAACCAGCCAGCCCCACCCUCGUACGAACCCUCGCCAGAUGAAAUGGCCCCUAUUCCGCGUCUAGAUGAAAAAUUAGACGUAGAGACUCCCCUCAGACCUCCACCAUAUUCCUGGACACAGACAUCCGACUCCGUGACAGUGGCCUUCCCUCUCCCUGCAACAACCCCAACGUCAAGCAUCAAAGUGACAUUUUCCCAAAAGACCUUGACGGUGCACGUCCAGACCACAUCACAUGUUGAAGGCGUUCCUCUUCCCCACUAUUCUGCCCAACAGCUCUGGGACGGCAUUCAAACCUCCACCAGCUUCUGGACUUGGGAUCGCGAGGGAGAGCACUCAUUUGGAUUGCUCACGUUGCAUCUGGACAAACAGCGUGAAGAUGCUCGGUGGAUGCAUGUAUUUGCAUCUGCGGGUACACCAGGUGGAGAGGAGGAAGUUACAGAAACCCUCGACCCUUCGGAGCUCUACCUCAUCAGAGAGUCUUUGGAAAAGUACACAGCCGCACUCCAAAGUGGGGAGGAUAUGAGCGGGCUUGGACUGGGCCGAGGGGUACCAGCGCUUGCUCAGGGAGAGAUGGAUGAGGAAGUCGAUUCUUCGAUCGGACGAGUGGCAUUCCUGACGUGGGUGGGUGAGAAUGGAGGGGUCCCUGUGUGGUCAUCUGGCGUUGGUGAUUCUGCAUGCAACGUUCUGUCAAUCGAUCUUCCUGGAUCGGGUCCUGGAGCAUCUAUGGUUGUGAAGAAUGGUAUUGAUGGUGCCCUGUUCACCCUGGACGAGGCACAGACUACAGGUUCUCUGCCCACUUGGACGCACAGCGCGACCUUCUCGGCGCUCGCCUUUGUGCUCGCCUCUAAGCGGGAUACACGCUUCACGUAUCAUGUCUCAUCGAAAGCGGUUUUGGCUUUCGAGAACGGCAGUAGGGAUCGAGGAGGGAAUGUAUACAUCUACCGCGGUGGGCAUCCGGGUCAAAUUUGGGCAAAACAAAGUGUAUUGAAAGUUGGCGAUGGAAGCGCUGGUUCUCUGUUAGGUGUUGGCAUGUCUAAAACGGCGCAGGGGCACACGAUCGUCUGUCUAUGCGAGAACGAGCUAGUCGUGAUGCACAACAUCUUUUGA